GACGCACGUUCGACGCGCGAGAAAGUUAUACGAAUUUGGCGGUAAAACUGUCAAAAUCGACGCCAUCUUGAAAAACAUAGACAAAUAUAUAUUUAUUUUUAAUUUAUUACGAAUAUUUUUAAGUGUGUAUUUUAAUAAUUAUUAGUGUUUAGUGAACUUUUUGUGAACGUGUCUGUGACUUUCGCUGUUUGAAAAGCAGGAUGACUAACACACGCAAAUUAAAGAUAUGGGUGUGCCUAUUUUGCUUGGCAACGUCGCUCGCAGCGCCUGCGCCACGCGCUCCCCUCGAGCUGGAUAUCAUCGACAUGGCAGCCAUUAGCCGUAUGACACCGCAGCAGUUGGAAGUACUAGCCGAGGGUCUCGCAGCUGAAGAAAUUAUGAGAACAAAGCGAUCGUCUGCUCAAUCAUUAAGUGCGGUCGCUUCGAAAGCAGCGUCAGGUAUUCAGAGCAAACUCGGCCUGCUGGGUCAGGCGUCAGCCGGAGCUGCAUCAUUCGUUUCUUCCGCCUCCAGUAAAUCUGAACAUGGAGAACAUGGAUAUUCUUAUGAACCACAUGAUGAAAAAGUAGACUACUGGGGCUUAAAGAAAUCCAUCCUGUACACUUUGUUCCAAGCGGUGAAGGCUAUCACUGGAGGUGUGACAAUCCUAAAGGGUCAGUUGAUCAAGGGAGGAGGUGCGUUAGCCGCUAGUCUAGGCAGAGUGAUAUCGUCUAAAGGUGACGUGGUCAGCAAUCUUGGAAAGAAGAUCGUAAGCUCUGCAGCUUUAAGUCAUAAGAAACCAGCAGCGGCGGUAAUAUACGGUCCUCCACCUACCUCCCACGUAGAGUACGGACCACCACCCAGCGCCUAUGCGGCGCCCACCGCGCCCGCACACUACCCGCACACCUCCUCCGCCCUCGCCGCGCCUACAGGCUUCGCAGCGCACAAAUACCCUUCGCACAUUGACGAGAUACCAUAUUACGGCGCGUCGCUCGGUGCAGAGCAAUUGCAGCAUUAUCUCCACUAAAUAGAGUUUAAAAUAAGAAAUUUUAUGUUUCGAAUUUUUUUAAUAAAUUAUGGUUGACAAUGUUGCCCUAUUUGUGGGUAAAGAAUUAAAAAUGUAAUUAUAGUUUUAAGAUAAAUUAAGUAAAAAAGCUUGUACAUUUUUUUAACAAUUAAUUAUUAUGAAAGAAAUUGUGAGUGAUAUCGAAAAUAUUUUAGGCAUUUGAUUAAUUUUAUAAAAAUUAAAUAGGAUUAUAAAAAUAUUUAUUUAAGUGAUUAAAUAAAAUAUUUUUAUCUGUUUUAAUUAAUUUAAUAAACAAAGUUCAAAUGUGGAACAAAAUAAAUUUAAAUAAAAUGCAAAAUUUUAAUUAACGAUUAUACGGACUGUUAAUAUUUAAUAUUUAAUUUUAAAAGAAUAAAAGAGCGGAUUGUAAAUAAAGUGCUCAAUAAAAUUAUUUAUAAUUUGUUAUCAAUUAAGAAAA